CCGGCGGAGCGUUGCGGUCACGUGACGGAGCGUCGCCAAUCGGCGCAGCCCUUGUCUCCGCGUUCCAGGCCUAGCGCCGCGGCGGCCGGGAGGAGCGGCGGCAGGGGAGCCGCCGGGCGGGCAUGGGUUGGAACUUGAGCCUUUCCCUCGACCUGACUACCACCAGCAUCAUGUGGUUACUAACUGCUCUUCACUCACCUUUUGAUGCCUCCCAGAAAAAAACGCUGCCAAGGUUCCCAGAAAGCCCAGCUGGUAUUUCACCAACAACCACUGGAGGGUCCCAAACACUGCUAUAGAUCUCCACAGCUUCCCAUCACUUACACUAGACAGGUGGCUAGCAAGCCCAUUGACCACGACACCGUUACUUCCUGGGUGUCACCUCAGUUUGAUAUACCCACAGAAAGCUGGUUUCCAGUCAACCGGAAACGUCAUAAGCGAGACCAGGCAAGACAUUCAAGUCGAAAAUGUACCACUUCUAAGUUUCCACAUCUCAUGUUUGAGAAUCCACAGUCUUCUUCCAGUUCAGCCACACUUGGAAUCCCCUCAACCAGGGAGUGCCCCAAUCAAUCAGAAAAGGACAGUUCUAGAAGGCCCUUAGUUCCAAUGCUCAGUCCCCAAAGCGCUGGGGAGCUGUCAGCACAUGCACUUCAAAACUUACCUUAUGUGUUCAUUCCACCUGAUAUCCAGACCCCAGAGUCAUCUUCUGUGCAGGAGGGGCCCAUUUCCCCAGAUCAGAGGGAAAACAGCUUUCUAAACUGUUUUCAUACGAGCACUCCCAAGAGUCCAGAGCCUGGGCCUGUUCUGGUUAAAGACACUCCUGAGGAGAAGUAUGGGAUAAAGGUCACAUGGAGAAGACGACAGCACCUGCUUACUUACCUUAGGGAGAGAGGGAGGCUGAGCAAAAGCCCAUUCCUUGCGAAGAACUGACUGGGUUUCUCAGGCAUCAAUGGUCUCAAGAAAUUGAUUGCUGGUUUUCAUCGUGUUGCUAAAGUCACUCUUCCAGCUCACAGGAGAGUAUAUCAAUAGGAUAGAAUGGAAAUAAUACCAAUAACAUCAAUAGAAAAAAUAUUUUAAUUACAGUCUUGGAGUAAUAAGGGUUCCAUUCCCAGAUUUAUCUGCUUUUUAAAAAUAUCUUGUCAUAAACAGUUUUUAGUGUCAUAAACAGUUGACUUCUAUUUCUCUUGUACUGUUAAAAAAUUUAAAGUAUCUUGUAGUAACUGAUUAAGAUGUAUGUAAAUAAAUAAUUGCAGAAAGUUUUCAGAGAA